AUGGCCGCCGUCUUCAGGCCAAAUGCUGUUAUGUCUAGACCUGUCUGGACUGUGGAUACAUGCACACCUGUGCUGAGCCAUCCCCCUCCUGCCCCACGGUGGAAAGCCGGCGAACCUUCCCUGGCAGCAAAAAGCUCGCGAAAGAAAAGCCCGCGAAAACAACAGAAGGACAGCUGUGCCAGUACUACAGGUGCUGGUCGACAAUUUCAGAAUUGGAAGGUGAAAGCCAAACAAGCUAAGAAAGUUGAAUUCAUAAGAACUGCAGAAAAGCUAAAAACUCAGCUUGCAAAUGUAGAGAAAGACAAAAAUGGACAUCUUUACAAUAGGAAGAAUAAUUUCAGGGUAGAAUACAUCAUACUAGAGGAACUGGAACGUAGCAUGACUGUCAGCAGGAAAACUGAAAAAGCCAAAAUUCUGCAGCAGCUAUCAAAAAUACAAAAUAAUGUGAAGAGACUUCAGCAACAAUUGAAAGAUGAGAAGCCUACACCAGAAUUUGUUGACAAGCUCAAGGAAAAGAUGGAAGAAGUUGAAAAUGCAAUCAAUGCUUUUAAAGAGGAACAGAGGCAAAUAUAUGAACAGCUUUUGAAGGAGGAGAAAACUACCGUUAAUGAGCUCAGUGUCUUUGAGAGAAAAAUGGAAUUAUGGGCAUUAGGCAGCUCAACAGAAAAAAUUUUGAAAUUACCAUCAGCCAGAGUCUCAGCUGACAAAACAUUGGAAAGUCAUCUAACUGAAGAAGUAUUAGAGUUUGAAAGAUUUCUUCAGCAAACAAGAGGGUGGCAGGGAGGCUGGGAUGAUUAUGAUCAUCAAAAUUUUCUGAAAGUAUGGACAAAACACAAAGGAAAGCUGUCCUACAUAGAUGAAGCCCUUGAAUAUCUCUGUGGCAGAACAAAAGAAGAUAUUGAACAGCAUAACAAAUGGUAUCAAGAAUUUCUAAUGUUACGCAAAAGAAAGAACGAGUCAGUUAAGUGGAAAGAAAAGCAGCAGCAAGAAAAAGAAAGGAACUUGAAGGAGAAAAAGAAGUCAGAAAAAAUGCUCAGUGAAGAAUGGCUACAGCAUGAAGAAGCUCAGAACCAAAAAGCAGAAGAGAGAAAAAACCAACAAGCAGCAAUUAAAGGAUGGAAGAAACAGAAAGCAACAGUAUUUGCAAUGGAAGAAGAAUCACAAUUAAAACUAGAAGAGAAGGAGAAAAAGCAACAAAAAGAAUGCCAGCGCCACAUGAAAUUCCUGUUGGAAAGGUAUACCUUGCAGAAGAAAGAAAAGGAAGAACUUGAAAAGCUUGAAAAGGUGAGGAGAGAGGAAGCUGAAAAGGAGAAAAGGAAGAGAACCACUGCAGAAAAAAUUACUAAAUUUCAAGAGCGUGAUCUACAAUAUAACCUGGAACUAAGGAUUCUACAAAGAGAAGCUAAAGUAGAGAAACGCGAAAAAGAAAAAAUGCAGGCAAAGAGAGAAGGUGUCGAGAUUCCUGUAACUAGACACCAGACCAGGUUGUCCAGACCUAUGAAGGCCUGGGAGGAGCGCAUGAAAGAGAUAGCACCAAGAGCUUCAGAACUGCUUUUAUAUAUUCCUCAUCGAGCUAUCCCAGCCUGGAGACAAGGGUUGUAGAUGAGCACCUGCCUGUCUGUCGCAGGAUGAUGACUUCCUUGCCUGUGAAGCGGCCAGCAGCCCUCAGGAGUUGUCACAAAAUUCGCUUGAUGCAAUGACCUAUUACCUUUGUAUUUUAUGAGUGUCGGACUUGAAACGUCACCUGGCAGCCUGGCAGGGUUUGCGUGACGACAUGUAUUUCCGUUUGCAUUAAACGCGCCUUUGCCUGCAGGCCGCCUCCAGCCUCCGUGACACGAGUCGCGGCCACCGACCCUUCCGC